AUGACCGAUCACGACCAUGGCCUAGGCAUUUCGGGCCUCCGCCGCAUACGGCAGCAACACGCCGUCCGCGCUCCCACACUUCCGUCCUCGUCUUCUUCUCGCAGUUCAUCGGUCGGCCUCCCCCGGUCCACCUCUAUGACCGCCAUGGUUCAGCAUGCCAAUAGUCUCGCCUUAUCUCCGGGGCCCUCCUCACCCACCUUCACUGAGGACUUGUCACGAUUUCCCUCCGAGUCCCUCCACUCCUUCUCCUUCGCCACGCAGUCGGAGGACUUGCUACACAGCCGCCAGAAUGUCUUGAAGCGUUCCCUAGAGUUUAUGAAGGACCGUAUGGGGUGGUCGGCGCAAUCGAACGCCGCGCUCGCGAGCGCCCAGGCACGCGUGAACGGAGAUAUGGAGAUGCUAAAUACUCUGGAUCUGUUGGCAAGAGCCAAGCUUGUCGAAGCUGGAAACCUGCCAAAUCCUGACAAUGUCGCGGUGGCACCCCUCACGGGUCCGGCCGACAUGUCAGGAGAGAAUGUGUUCGAGAAGCACUUCAUCCCACGGACUGCGAGUCCUGAACCGUUGCUUUCGCCCGGAGCGUCUCCCAAACCGUCGAGGCUGCCAGAACCUACUGUGCCUACACUACAUGAAGAGCUUCCCCCAUUAACGGCGAAUCACGAAUCGAACGCACCGGGGGCCAACUCUGGAACCUCGGACUCGGCCGAGUCAUCCCGGACGCCUACGAAUGAGAGCGGGACUACUGCCAAAACCUCGCCGCCUCCUUCGCGGAGGCCCAGCUUCAUCAAGAGGACAAUCACCGACACUGCCCACGUGUCUGUGCAGCAAAAGCUGAUGGAUGCAAUGGCACAGCCGUUUGUGGCCGCCCACGCCGCUUCGAUCGAACCACUAGUCUCUCCAAACACAUCCCAAUUCCCAUCGUCGAUCAACGCUCCAGGUUCGAUAUCGCCAGCGGUCCACGGACAUGCGGCGCGCUGGGUUCCAGCGGCACAGGCAAUCUUCACCACCGAGUCGAAACCUCCAUGGACCAUUAUCGCAGCCAAUGAUCUGGCGUGCUUAGUAUUUGGUGUCACCAAGGCUGAAGUGCGGAAGAUGGGUAUCCUCGAGGUCGUGCAAGAAGAGAGACGGGCUUGGCUAGAAAAGAAACUCAAGCAUGCUGACCACGAAAUUGACGACAAUGCAACCCGGGGUCUGACGCAACAACCACCCCCAACCAUCGCAGCCUCAUCUCUCUUGGGUUCACGGGGCGGAGGCAUAACGGCAAGACUGUUGAGCAAGCCCAACUCUCGGACAGCACCAAAGCAACCCCUCAAGGCCAAAACAGUGCACAGCGGUGAUCCAAAACCGCCUCAGGCCAGCGGUGGUGGUCAUAACGCAAACAAACCCCGAGGUGUUCUCCUGUGUGGCGAUGUUGUACCGAUACAGAAACGGAACGGGGUUACAGGGUCUGCAAGUCUGUGGGUCAAGGAGAAGCGCGUGGGAUUGAUAUGGGUCUUGGAAGAGAUCCAUGAAGAUGUUGCAUACGUCACUGUUGAUGAAGAAGGCACUGUUUCAAGUCUCACCGGUGCAUUGGGGCCGAUCUGGGGAGACGACAAUCUGCGGUCAGGCACUGAUAUCGGCCGUCUGAUACCGCGUAUCCCCCGGCAAGGCAUUGACCCAAGGUACGGUGCCAUUGACUAUGCACAGAUCGCCAAGCACAGGUUCUAUACCUGCCGGAACUCUGGGCGGAUCAACAUCCCCGCGACCGUCGAGCAGGUGCGAGGCAAGGCUGAGCUACGAGUCUCGAGCUUUCCGCAUAUUGCUGGCAUAGUUGUUGUGUCAACCAAGGAUCUGACCAUCAAGAGCUCUAACUCGGUCUUUUGUGGCGCUUUGUUUGGACACGAACAACCAAAUGGCAUGUCCAUCAAGACCCUUGUUCCAGACUUCGAUAAGGUUCUCGGCAUCUUGACCGAAGAAGAUGGUAUCCACCUUGUGGAUGGGAUGGUGGUGCCUGAACAUAGCUUCCGCAAGGCGUCUGCCUUCCUUGCCCUCCGGGAAGGCCGACCGGAUGCGGCCACUAGCUUCCUGAGGCCAGAGGGUCUUCCAGGAAAACAUCGCGACGGUUCUGAGCUCAGGAUAGACGUCCAGAUGCGAGUCGUCAAGAGCGACAAGCAGGCGCCGAUCGAAGAGCAAACAGUACUGGAGGAAGUUAGCGAUGAGGACUCGCCGUCGGCCACAAACGACGAGAAGUUCUCCGCCACGCAAUCGGAGAUGGUGUAUGCGCUCUGGAUCACCUACUCGAGGCAUCUGCACGCCUCGAGAACGAACCUGGGAUCCGCAUCACCUUUGCUGACGGGAACGGCCACGCCCCCACACCAGCCCUCACCAGGACAGACUCCCGUGCAUACGCCGUAUGAAAUGAGCUCCGACUCGGACGAGCCAAAGAAAGAGAAGUCGUCGGCUGCUAUGAUCAAGAAGCAAAUCAAAGACGUAGCCCUCAGCGCGGCUGCGAAGAUCACUGGCACGCCAAAAGCCGAACGCGCAGACAAGCCGCCGGUGCCAAAGGUUGUCGAGCCUCCACACAAGAAGACGAUUGACGACUUCGUCAUCCUCGAGGACAUGGGUCAGGGAGCCUAUGGUCAAGUCAAGCUUGCGCGGUACAAGAACAACGGCAAGAAGGUUGUCCUCAAGUACGUCACCAAGCGGCGUAUCCUGGUCGACACCUGGACCAGGGACCGUCGGCUCGGCACCGUUCCCUUGGAGAUUCACGUUCUUGAUUACCUACAUAGAGACGGCCUUCGCCACCCGAACAUUGUUGAGAUGGAGGACUUCUUCGAAGACAACGUGAACUAUUACAUUGAGAUGGCGCCCCACGGGCUCCCGGGUAUGGAUCUCUUCGACUAUAUCGAGCUGCGCACGAACAUGGAAGAAGAGGAGUGCCGGAGCAUCUUUGUCCAGGUUGCUCAGGCGAUCCAUCACCUUCAUAUCAAGGCGCACGUCGUGCACCGUGAUAUUAAGGACGAGAAUGUCAUUCUCGAUGGUGAGGGCGUCAUCAAGCUCAUCGACUUUGGCAGCGCUGCGUACAUUAAGAGUGGUCCUUUUGAUGUCUUUGUAGGGACCAUUGAUUACGCAGCACCAGAGGUGCUGAACGGCAAACCGUAUGGCGGCAAGGAGCAAGAUGUCUGGGCCCUGGGCAUCCUCCUCUACACCAUCAUCUACAAGGAGAACCCGUUCUACAGCAUUGACGAGAUCAUGGAUCGUGAUCUGAGGAUACCGUACAUCAUCAGCGAGGAGAGCAUCGACUUGAUUCGCAACAUGCUCAAUCGAAACGUCGAGGAAAGGUAUGAUAUCACACAGGUCAUCAACCACCCGUGGUGUCAGAUGGACUGA